AUGUCUAUACAGCUAAGAGAUGGUUUGAUAAACCAGCUGUUGGAUCGUGUCCUUGAAGACCUUUUGGUGAGGUUCGUUGUCAAUGUUCCAGAGGAAGACUUGUCUUCAAUAGAGAGGGUAUUUUUCCAAGUGGAAGAGGCGCACUGGUUUUAUUUGGACUAUGUACGCCAAUUGGAUCCUAGUCUACCUUCUAUGAAAAUGAAGACUUUUGCUUCCAAACUUUUGGAGAAAUGUCCUCUAAUAUGGAAAUGGGGAGAUCCUUCCGAUGCAUUAGCAAGGUUUGGAAAAUACAAGAGCACCAUCCCCGUAAGAGGAGUUGCAUUGUUCAAUAAGGAUUUGACAAAGGUGUUAUUAGUCAAAGGAACAGAGUCGAAUGCAUGGUCAUUCCCCAGAGGAAAGAUAUCUAAAGAUGAAAGUGAUGUCGAUUGUGCUGUGAGAGAGGCCGAGGAAGAAAUAGGGUUCAAUUGUUCGGAAUUGAUAGACAAGAAUGAUUAUGUUGAAAGGACAAUCAAAGGUAAAAAUUACAAGAUUUUUCUUGUGAAGAAUGUGUCGGAGGACACCCAUUUUGAGCCAGUUUCUAAGUAUGAGAUUUCUCAGAUCAAAUGGUUUGACAUCAAGUCGGUGCAAAAGAAGGUCAAGUCUAAUCCGAACAAUUUUUUCAUAGUAGCAACAAUAAUCAAGCCGGUUAUGAAAUGGGUCAGUAAGAACAAGGGAGUGUUGAGUGAGGAGGAGCUCAUGCAGCAGGCAGAGAUCAAAUUAAAGAAAUUAAUGGGAUUAAACAAAUGCGAAGAGAAUGUGGAUGCAGGAAGGGAAUUGCUCAACAUUUUGCAACGUGCAAAACCAGCAUCAAGAACAGAGGACAUUCCACAGGAAUCGACAAACGCCGAGACUUCUCAAACUGGUAUUACCCCAAUGGUCAAUGUACGUCUUCCACCACACCUUCAAAACCAAAUCCCAUUUUUCACAGGCGCCAAUUACCCCCAUGCCCCUUUUUUCAUGCACCCGAUGGCUAACAGCAUGGCGCAAGCUCCCCAUUUUCCACAACCUGGAUUUUUCCACCCUCACCAACAACAUAACCAGCAAUUACCACCUAAUCCUGAAAACUUGUCGAAGCCCAUAACGCAUUCAAAAGAGUUGUUAUCCAUCUUGACAACCAAGAAUGAGGCCAAGAAAGAGGAUGUGGGUGUAGUACGAAAGAGUAGUGCUGAUUCUAGAAAUAUAAGGUCAAGAGCCCAGCAGCUAAUGAGUGUAUUUCCCAAGAGAAAAGAGGCAGCGGAAGCAAAAGAAGUCAAAGUGGAGAAGAAUAAGGCACAUUCAAGAAGUGCAAGCCCUGCAAACAAUGGACCAAUUUCAAUUCUAGAUAAAAAAGAGUCCCAACUGGACAGAUCAACACUGAAUAAGUCCACGCCUAAAGAUAAGGCUGCAUCCAAGUUAUCACGACAACAACCAUCCAACGAGAUCGAAGAGUCUAUUCGCUCAUCGUAUCAUCGUCAGCCAGUCGUUGGGCAAAAGAUCAAGCUACUCAAGAGAUCGGAUAACCAAGACUCAAAGGAUCUUUUAAACUUAUUGGGAGGACCUAAAAAGGAGACUACAGGAAAAUCUGAUGAAUCCGGUGCAGUAGAGCCAAAUGACGUUCACCAAAUCCAGAAUGUGGCAAUUUUCAAAGGGAAUGGUGAUGCAAAUGGAUCAAAACUUCCCGAAACACAGCCCGCCACUGAUCGUGCCGCUUCGCAACAAUUGCUAGGCUUUUUACAUAGAGAGACACCGUCCAAGGCUUCUGAAGAUGGGGGGAAGAAGGCAAGCGGGAUUGCUGAUGUGUUGAACAAAGAGACUCGCGAUCAUGAUAUCACACCUAGAGUGGUAUCUCCGACAAGGGAUUUCCUUAGUUUACUCAAGAAACCAAAUAUUACCGAUUCACGUGAUACAUCAAGUGUCGAACCUUCUCCUUUAGGAAGCAAGCCUUCGAAGCAACAGCAGCAGCAGCAACAACCCCAACAACACAAAAUUCAAUCUUCAACUUCUGCAAACAAGUUACUUAGUUUACUCGGAAGAAAUCCAUCCGACGGUGGUAAAGGAAGUAUGAAUCAGGAUAUUUGGAGCAGUCAAGAUAAGAGGCCAAGCAUAACCUCGCCAAAUGCGUUAGCCAGUAUACAAAAAUUUGACAGAGAAGUUGGUAGCAAUCAAGCUACAUUAUCGAAUACAAUUGCAUCCCCGGUUUCAGAUAAUUGGGGGUUUUCUCAAAACGAACCGUAUCAACAGCCGCAACAAAUGCAACAAAUGCAGCAAUCACAACAAUCGCAACAACCGGAAUUAUCCACCACAAAUGCAUAUGCAUUGAACGACAUUCUAAGAAACGACGAUGCGCAAAAGUCACUGAAUUUGAGCGAUAUGUAUAAAGCAGGAGGAAACAGUGCACAAGUCACCCAAAAUCGUGUGUAUGCACCUACACAAGAGCAACAAGAGAAUCAUUUUGACAAUUUUGAAGAUUUCGAGGAUUUCGAAGAUUUUGAUAAUUUUAAUGCAUUCAAUGACAAAUAUGUAUUUGAAGAAGAGUCAUUGCCCAAAACCUUUAAUAAUUUUGAUGUUGAUAGUGAUGACGAAAAUAUUGAAGGUCAUGCUGCAAUGCAUAACAAGCAACAAACCCAUCACUUUGAACGAAACCAGCGUCCGCAACACUCACAGCAGUCUUACUAUCAAAGUGCCGGUCUGUUUCAACAACCACAAGAGCUAAAUAAAGCCACAAAUGGAGGUAACUCUGGUACUUCCAAGUUAGCGGAACCUAAAUUUAAUCUUUCUACAUCUACACGAUCAACCAUUGGCCUAAAUGAUCAAUCGGAAAAUCCAGGUAAAGGAUUAUUGGCAUUAUUGAAUCGAGGAAAAUCUUGA